AUGCCUCCCACUUCAAGUUCACCCAAACGGAAACGCGUCAGGAGAUAUUUCUCUGCUUCUGCUGCAACUGGUGCACGAUGGAGCGCAAGGCUUGGCGGACAUACUUCUACAACGCGGUUACGACGCAAAGGAUCCUCAGGUUCCAUUACCAGCGAAGUUGAUAUUAACUCACCUGGUGGUGUCAAUGACUCUGGCGUGGAAGAGGGACACUCUUCCGCAAUUACAGAUGACGGCGUAGCAUUUCCUUCCACAGAGAUUCAUCCAGACUUACUCUCUGCCAUGAGGCCUCUAACGUAUGCUUCGCUUCCUCCAACACCCAUAUCUUCGUCUCCGCCUCUGCGUUCGUCACCACCACCGUUUUCCACGUCUUUCCCUUCAUUCACGUCGAGUGAAUUUCUUCACGAACCUCCUUUUUCGCUGUGGGAAUAUCUCCAAGAAGAGUUACUGGCCACAGACUUCGACUCUCAUCAAGAGCUCAAAUGGGAAAGGGUGAGCAAUUUUUUGAGUAUGCCUCUUGCAUUGGAGAAAAUUUUUCUGUUCGGUUUCGUCGUCUGUAUGGACUCUUUUCUCCACACGUUCACAAUUCUGCCCAUACGUUUCGUUGUCGCAUUAUGGCGACUCCUCACGAAUACCGUUACCCGCUCGUCACUGGCUCUUCCACCUUCACAGAAGGCUGAUAUCCUUCGGACUUUGUUGCUCGUAACUACUAUCGUAGCAUUAGCUCCACUUACAGAUGCUAGCAAGUUGUAUCACUUUAUUCGCGGUCAGGACUCCAUCAAACUGUACGUUAUAUUCAACGCGCUCGAAAUUGCGGACCGGCUGUGUGCAUCAAUUGGGCAGGAUAUAUUCGACUGCCUGUUCUCUCGCUCUACCAUGGAAAUUAUCUCCCACAGGAAGCCACCCACCUCCUAUAUCCUACGUCCAGUAUUAUUCUUUGUGUUGGCGGUGAUAUAUAACAUGGCACAUACUUUGGUCAUGAUCUACCAGAUGAUAUCCCUGAAUGUGGCAGUGAACUCCUACGAUAACGCCCUCCUCACUCUUCUCGUUUCAAACCAGUUUGUCGAGAUCAAAGGGAGCGUCUUCAAGAAGUUCGAGAAGGACAACCUCUUCCAGAUUACUUGUGCAGACAUUGUCGAACGCUUCUCUCUGAUGUUGAUGCUAUGCGUCGUCGCUUUUCGCAACCUCAUCGAGCUCAGUGGAUCAUCAUUCAAUUUCAGUGACGGUUUUGCUCUUCCGAAAAGCUUCGGAUGGUUCCGAGGCAACAACGUCAUCUGGACGAUCUCAUACCCUGUCCUGACGGUGAUGGUAUCUGAGAUGCUCGUCGACUGGUUGAAGCAUGCGUUCAUUACCAAGUUUAAUCACAUCCGCCCUUCCGUCUACGAGCGGUACACGGACGUCCUUUGCAGAGACCUUGCCAGCGGAAGCGCUGUUGGUCGGCGGCGAGGGGCGCGCAAACACAGCUACGUUGACCAGUCACCACUGGUCGCACGUCGGCUCGGGUUCGCGUCCCUCCCGCUGGCGGUACUUGCCAUUCUCACCGGCACACAGUCCAUCAACCUCCUGAUAUCGAUGCACACUGACGGCUCAUCUCCAUGGACGCGCCCGCUGUCACAGCUCUCGACCGACGAAAUCAUCAAUAUCGCCAAGUGGGCGGCUCUCUGUGUAUCGUUCUGGCUAUGCUUCGUCGUGGUCAAAAUCAUCACGGGUGUCCACCUCCUAAGCUAUGCCACACGGCGAAGAGCGGGAAUGGAGGCCCGCAAGGCAGCCGACGUAGUCAACGACUUUGGUCGAGACCCCAUCGGGGAAGGUAAGGAAGAACAGAGGUACAAUCGCGAACUGAAGGCGCUGCUCGAUGACAAGCGCGAUGACGCUACUCCUGUAGCUGACAUCGGUGAACGUCCACCAGGUGAUCAGAGUGGAGGAAAGCGCAAGCGGCUGCCACUGGAGGAGAUCACUAGAUUCACUAUGGUGAAACGUAUCUGGUAG